AUGUCAGAUCUAUUAACAUCAUUUGCAUAUGAUCAAACCGUGAAUAAUGACAAUCUCAGCGAGUUUUUAAGUAAAUUAACUCGAUUUGGUAUUGAUCAAUGUUUACAUUUAACGCAUUUAAUCAGUAAUAAACGAAAAUCUUCGAUAGUUCUAAAUAACCAAUCUACCGAGAUUAAUAAACUUCUGAUAGAAAUUCAAACAUUACAAAAUGGAUACUACGACAUAUUAUCACGCAUAUCUACAUCAGAUGAACAAGAUCAACAGCUCCUAUUUGCGAAAUUACAAACUUCUCUUUCAACAUUUGUUCAAAUUAAUUUACGCUUGAAAUCAUUGAAUUCGUCUUCGGAAGAAAAACAUGGGAAAUCCAUAUCGAAUGUCCCUGAUGUCUCUCCAUUAGUUUGUUCCAACGUCGAUCUCAACAAUAUCACUGAUAUCGGUAAAUGUUGGAAGUUUGCGAAUAUAAUUCAUACUCGUUUUCAAAUAUCUUUAAUCGCAUCGAAUUCACAUGUUAUCCUAUGUUACAAUAAUCAAAAGCAUGUCCUGCAUGCUAUUCUUCUUGCUGGGCAAUUUCAAGGAGAUAUUAGAUGGAAAUACGGGCCCAUUGUCGAUAUGCUUUGGUGUGCACCUAUUGAUCGUUAUAUAGCUUUAACACAUCAGUCAAUCUAUAGUAUUCAAUACAGUCGGUCAUCACGAGCAAAUCCAAUCCUUACAGAUCACAUAGUUGAUUUAAAGAACUUUCAGUCAGUCCGAUGUGCAUGUAAUGAUAGUAAUAUUUUACUCUAUUUCACUGACUCACAACAAAGCUCGAUUGAAAUUUACGAUUAUCAAUUCAAUCAAGAAAAUGUUUUUACUAGUUUAACCAAUCAACAAUUACCGAUCAACAGUCCGUCAUUCUGUUGUACAAAUACUUUAAUUGCUUUGACCGAAAAAGAAAAUAUGCUCAUUUCCUGUUUUCCAUAUGUUACUCCAAAGAAAACAUCUUUACUUCUUUUCGAUAUCACUACAUUGAAUUUGUGCUAUACGAUCGAUCUAAAUGAUUGUUUGAAUAUCUAUACAAUGAAAUGUCUUGCAUAUCCAAAUAUUUUCUUUGCUCUGAGUGACGAGAAGAUUCUUUGGAUAGUUUCUCUUGAUCAAAAUGAAACAGUACAAAUAGCGAAAAAGAUUUUCUAUACAAAUCAAACAGAGCUAUGUAUCAUCAACCAACAAGAUCUAUUACUGAUCAACGUCAAUGUCGGUUGUUCUAUUCAAAUGAUUAAGUAUCGCAAGGUUCAACAAUAG